ACAGCGCCUCCGUAGAUGGCGUUAGUUCCACUGCGGCCGCCGAGGCCCUCGUCGCUGUAGAGAGGCCCUUGCCCAAGGUCAAGUGGGGUCGGUAUCCGAGUCGAACCUAGAGCGCCGCGGGCCGUGCUCCCAAUCCGAGAGGGGCGGCAGGUGGGUCCGAGUCGGACUGAAAUCGCUUCUCAAGCCUCGGCCCGGACCCGGCCUCGACCCCUACAGAGACCGCGGGAGCCGAGCCCCCGCCGCUAGGGCCGCUGGGAAAUUGAGUCCAGCCCAGCGGCCACCACCGCGGGUUCGCGAGUGCGCACGCGCAUCCGCCGACUGGGUGGCUAACAAGUCAGCUGGAAAGCAGGGUGUUGCUGAAGAAAGAUCUUCUCAGACAGAGAUAAUGGAAAGAUUCCCAAGGGACAUUUCCUUGGACUCCAAAGUGGGAGAAGCCAAGAGGGAAAAGAGAGGAAAGCAAGAGACCCAUUUAAGCUCCCCUGAAACCACAGCUGAGGACAAUGGCCGCAAGCACAAUGAGAGCAAGAAUUCCAUAAGUACAAAGUCAGUCUUGGUUCCAAGAGUCAGAGGACCUAUGGAGCUGAGACCCCCGAAGCCUGAUCCACGUGGGAAAAGUUUAAAACAGAAUUCAAACCCAAUCAAACCAGAGGGAAUUUGUGAAGAGAACAAGCCUUGGAAAUGUAAUGAAUGUGGGAAAGCCUUCAGCUACUGCUCAGCCUUUAUUCUUCACCAGAGGGUUCAUACUGGGGAGAAGCCCUAUGCAUGUAAAGAAUGUGGGAAAGCCUUUAGCCAGAGCAUACACCUUACCCUGCAUCAGAGAAUUCACACUGGGGAGAAGCCCUAUGAAUGUAAUGAGUGUGGAAAAGCCUUCAGCCAGGGUUCCUAUCUCAUUUCACAUUGGAAAACACACACUGGAGAGAAACCCUAUAAAUGUAAUGACUGUGGGAAAGCCUUCACAAGAAUUUCACAUCUUACACAGCAUCAAAGGACCCACACUGGGGAGAAGCCCUACAAAUGCAAUGAAUGUGGGAAAUCCUUUAGGAAUCGUUCAUCCUUAAUAGAACAUCAAAGAAUUCACACUGGAGAGAAACCCUAUGAGUGUACUGAAUGUGAGAAGUCCUUUCGUUUCUCUUCAGCACUAAUUAGACAUCAGCGAAUUCAUACAGAAGAGAAACCCUACAAAUGUUGUGAAUGUGGGAAAGCCUUUACCCAGAUUUCACACCUUACUCAACACCAAAGAAUUCAUACAGGAGAGAAACCCUAUAAAUGUAAUGAGUGUGGUACCACCUUCAGUCAAAGUUCAUCCCUUAUUGAACAUCAGAGAAUUCAUACAGGAGAGAAACCUUAUAAAUGCAAUGAAUGUGGAAAAGCUUUCACUCAGAUUUCACAUCUUAUUCAGCAUCAAAGGAUUCAUACUGGGGAGAAACCUUACAAAUGUAAUGAAUGUGGGAAAGCCUUCAGUAAUCGUUCACACCUUAUUCAACAUCAUUUAAUUCAUACUGGAGAAAAACCUUAUAAAUGUAUUGAAUGUGGGACAACUUUCAGUCAUGGCUCAUCCCUUAUUGAACAUCAGAAAAUUCAUACUGGAGAAAAACCCUAUAAAUGUAAUGAAUGUGGGAAGGCCUUCAGCCAGGGCUCAUCCUUGACUCUACAUCAGAGGACUCACACUGGGGAAAAACCAUAUAAAUGUAAUGAAUGUGGGAAAUCAUUUAGUAACCGUUCAUACCUUAUUCAACAUCAUAUAAUUCACACCGGAGAAAAACCCUAUGAAUGUAAUGAGUGUGGGAAGGCCUUCAGUUUCUCCUCAGCACUUAUUCGACACCAGAGAACACACACUGAAGAGAAACCCUAUAAGUGUAGUGAAUGUGGGAAAGCCUACAGUCAAAUUUUACUCCUUACUCAGCAUCAGAGCAUUCAUAGUGAGGAAAAACCAUGUUCACUUAAUGACUGUGGCAAAAGCUUCAGCCACAGUUCAAUACCUGUUGAGCCUCAGUCACUUGUAAGUGGAAAGAAAAUAUCAAUGUGAUUCAUUCACCUAGCAGACAUUAAGUGCCAGGCACCUUGGUAGGCACUAGAUGGGGUUAGGAAAAAUCUGCUUUGUCUUUGUGGAGUUCAUAUUCGUCUGGCUCACCUUGACUUAGAGCAGUAUUGAAUUGACUCUGGGACAUCACGCCGAGUAAAAGAGCUCAAGAGUGCAGGCCUCUUGGAGGUGGUGUGGGUCCAUAGGGCAUCUUAGAAACUCUUCUGGGAGGAGAUGGCUAUGGAGAAUCAAUCGAAUUCUGUGAUUGGCAAAACUGAUUUCCUUAGAGGGUUGCAAGAGAAAAGCAGAAAGGCAAAGUAACGUGAGCUGAGCUGGGCUGAUUGGAAUGUUACAUCUCGGACAGAGGAAGAGGCCCUGGCGAGGCUGAAUGGGACUCUUUGUUGCUCUAGCUCACCUAUUUAAGUGGGACUUUUUUCCCCAUAAAUAACUACAUUUCUUUAUUAAAGCACUGGUAAGACAUAGAAAGCAGAAUAAUCAAACUUACAGUUGCCACAAAGGAGGAAGGAGAGCUAAUCCUGCAGGUCUCAACAUGGAGCAGUAAAUGAUGUCUGGUGCUUUGGAAAGCACAGAGUUUGGGCUCAGGUCCCACUGGGACAUUUGUCAUGUGGCCACUUUGCGUCUCAGUGUCCUCCUCCACUUGCCCUGCCUACCUCACAGGGCUGUUGUGAGGAAAUGUUCUACAAAUGGUAAAGUGCAAGAUAACUGG